GAAGGUUUUCGACAAAACUGUCAACCUACAACGUGCUAUGUGACAUCAAAAUACUCAUGGUUUGAUCUGAGUAAAAAAAAAGUUUUAUUCGUACGCUGGUCAAACAAAUUGAUAAAAAAAAUGGUGAAAAAAGGUAAUAAAAUAAAAGACCCGUUGCAGCAAGCGCUCCAAAUUUUCGAAAAGACUACAAAAUCUCCAAUUGACUACCUAAAGGAGCAGAAAGAUUUUGCCGAAAAGAAUCGUUUGUUGCUAAAAUCAUUAUUUGAUUAUGCAAAAACAUCGGGAUCACAUUUUGAGUCCAAUAGUUUGCCGUCCGAAAUAUUUGUUGAACACAUGGAUGAAGAGCAAAUAUGGCAACAACUAGAAAUGCAAAAUGGCUCAUUUUGGGAGAAAUGCAUGACAGAAACUUGCCGGCUGCUGUCGUUAAAUGAAAAUAAAUUGAUGCUGAAAACCAAGUAUGCAGGACAAGAACAAGAGGUGGAAUCACCAGAAGAAAAUGGGAACGCGUUAAGCGAUGAUGAAGUUUCUAGCAGAGAAGAUAAUGCUCAGACAAGCCAUGAUUUGGAGCGGUCAGAUGACGAAGAAGGCGAUGAAGAUGACCAAGAAGCCAGUGAAAACGACGAAAAUUAUGUGGUCGAUAGUGACGUCGACCGAAAAGACAAAUGCAAGGUGUCGAAAGGCAAAGAAACAUCAAUUGUCGACGAUCGAUUUUUCAAUUUGAGUGAAAUGCAAGCUUUUUUAGAUGGCGAGGAUAAAAAAGAGCUUGAUCGACUUAAUGGCAAGCGUAAUGCUAAUGACCAAAAUGAGUCAGACGAUGAAAUCGACUAUUUCGAUUCGUUAUCUGGCAGCGAAGAUAGUGAUGUUGAGGACGGAAAAAAAGAAAAAGAUAUGAUGUUCGCCGACUUUUUUGAUGUGGAACCAACCGAAACACUAGAACAGAUCAGGCAACGCAGAAGAGCCGAAAAAGAAGCAAAAAAUCUUCGCAAGAAGCAGGAAAUGAAAGAAGAUUUAGGGCUGGAUGACAGUGAGGCAGAAAAUAGCGAACAAGAAGGAGAUUCUGGGUCCGAUGAAAGUGAUGAAGAUGACCAAGUCGAAAAAUCUGAGUAUGACUUACGGCAGCAGCGUCUCAAGAAACGAAUUGAAGCGCUAGAGGAAAAAGCGCUAGCUGAAAAACCAUGGCAACUUAAGGGUGAAAUAACUUCAUCGACGAGACCGAAAAAUUCAUUGCUUGAAGAAGUAUUAGAAUUCGAUUCAGUUGCCCGUCCACCGCCAUUAAUCACGGAAGAGACGACUCUGUGCUUAGAAGACAUAAUAAAACGUCGCAUCAAGUCAAAAGCUUGGGACGAUGUCGAAAGAAAAAUUAAACCGAUCAAUGAUCAACAAGACUUCCGCAAAAAUUUAGUUUUGCAGCAAGAAAAAAGUAAAGAGUCACUUGCACAGAUUUAUGAAAAAGAAUAUUUAGAAAAAGUUCAUAAACUAAAUAAUGUGGAUGAUGCAUCGAAGCCGGAUGAACCAGCCGAACAUACUGGAAUAAGAAGAGCGAUGAAAGACUUGUUUGUCAAAUUAGAUGCUUUAUCAAAUUUCCACUUCACAUCGAAACCGGUAGCAGCCGAAGCAAAAAUUAUAACCAACAUACCGGCGAUAGAAAUGGAAGAGGUGGCACCUGUAGCAGUGAGUGAUGCAACAUUGCUUGCGCCAGAAGAGGUUCGGGCGCGACCUGUUGGUGACGAAAUCGGAAAGACGGAAAGAACUGCCACAGAUAAAAAACGUGAACGUCGUAAGAAGAAACUGAAGCAAAAAGUUAUCAAACAACGGAACGAUAAGCAAGUAGAGGAGAAGGAAAAGUUGGGCAUCAAGGUCACAUCGAAGGAGAAACAACAGCAAUUAAUGAACCAAGUGACCAAAAGCAGGAAUGUCAUUAAGGUAAUUUAUGGCAUUGACAGUGAAUCAUUAUUAUUUAUUGUCACACAGCUGAGUGCAGAGUACAUCCACAGAAUCUGGCAUUCUUUGUUCGUUUUUAAUAGUGUUUAUUAUUGUCGUGGAGUUUGAUUUGAUGCACGAAAAGUGAAAUCGUUCGAGGUCAAUCACCUGUAGGGGAUUCAGUAUUCGUUGGGCUUGUGUAAAAAAUACUAUACUACUACAAUUCCACACGAAAUUAUAAAUAAAUAUACUCACCUCAUAUAAACACCUCUAACAAUAUAGUGCUAUAUCCCAUAUUGCUCAAUUGAUUUGACAAAAACAAAGAAACAGUAAAAACAAUUAUAAAUCGCAUUAAAAUGCAUAGAAAAGAACUAGAUAAUCAUAGAAAUUGCCAUAUGUGUAUACAAAAUCUACAUUUUGUAUUUAAAAAUCUUUAAUCAUUAAUAUGUUAAUUAAGAUCAUUUUUUAAAUUGUUUUAUCAUUAAUGUUAAUUGCUCCGUUUUCAUUCAUUCCAGGGCAAGCAUACAGCCAAUGACGAGAACAAAGCCUUAAAAUCAUCGAAAACUUUCUUCACGCAGUUGCAGGACAACAUCUCGGCAACGGUCAAAUCAAAGUCAAUGGGCAAAAAAAAAUCGUCAACUGAUUUUUCAAGAGAAGAAUCAAAUGCAAAAAGAUUGAAAUUGUAAAAAAAAUGAAAUGUCAAAUUUAUUACAUGAAUAAAGUUUAUAUUUAUUCAAUAAA